UUUAGAGCAAACUGUUCCAGCUGUCUUCUCCUGAAAAGGAAGCAUGGAAAACUAGCACUUUAAAAACCUUUUUUUAUAAAAUCUUUUCUUUUAAAGGCCGUGCUCCUAAAAUCACCAUGCCACCCCCACCUCAGAACAAGAAUGAUGACUUCAGUGAUGACUUCAUUCAUUCAGUGAAGACUUCAUUGCAGACAGAUAAAACAACUUUCACACCUGAAAUAAAAAACACCACAGUGACUCCAAGUGUAACCAAAGAUGUGGCAUUGACAGCAGUUCUGGUUCCAGUGCUGGUGAUGGUCUUCACUACUCUGAUUCUUAUCUUAGUUUGUGCGUGGCAUUGGAGAAACCGCAAGAAAAAAACUGAGGGCACUUACGAUCUACCUUACUGGAUCGUGCAGGAUGGUCUCUUACAGUGGGGAUGA